CCGGGAUGCGGGAGCCCGGCCCGGGUAGAACCAGAACCAGGGCUGCUCGGUGACUCAACAGGCGGCCCGGAGGAUCGGCGGAACCAGAGCCAGCGAGAGAGAGAGGAAGGGAGAGAGAGAGAGAGAGAGAGAGAGAGAGAGAGAGCGGGGCGCAGAGGAGCUGCGAACCAUGGUAAUCACCAGCGGCGGCAGCAGCAGCAGCAGCAUCUCCAUCAGCUCCAGCGCGCCCUCCGCCGUCUCGUCUCCUCCCGACCCCCGGGGCUCCGGAGCCCCGCUCCGCCGCUCGCCAGCCAGCCAGCCGCCGCCGCCGCCGCCGCCGCCAUGCCUGAGCAGAGACACCGGGCGCGCUAUUUUUAGGCUCAUUAAUUUGGAGCACGUGGCCCCGAGGCGAACCGGAUGUCCGCUGCGCAAAGGUUCCUCGGCAGAAUGUCCUGCUGGACGCCGACCGCGGCGCUGCUCCUGGGCGUCCUGCUGGGAGCCGCGGCGGGGGCGCCAGCGCCGGACGCGGCUCCGCUGGACCGGCGCUGGGAGACGCUGUUCUCCCGCUCCGUGCUGUGGGUCUCCGGGGAGAAACCGGAGCUCAGCUGGGAGACUGACUACCUGCUGGGCAUCCAGCGGGUCCGGAGGCUCUACUGCAACGUGGGGAUCGGGUUCCACCUGCAGGUCCUCCCCGACGGCGGCAUCAGCGGGGCGCACAGCGAGGACCCGUACAGUCUGAUCCAAAUCUCCACGGUGGAGCGCGGCGUGGUGAGCCUGUUCGGGCUGCGCAGCGGGCGCUUCGUGGCCAUGAACAGCCGCGGCAGGCUGUACGGGACGACCGUCUUCCAUGAUGAGUGUAAGUUCAGGGAGAGUCUUCUGGCCAACAACUACAACGCCUACGAGUCUGCGGCGCACCGCGGCUGUUUCAUAGCGCUCAGCAAACAUGGCCGCGUCAAGAGGGGCAACAGGGCCACCACCGCCAUGACAGUCACCCACUUCUUGCCCCGGAUAUGAGGCAGGACACAGAGAGGGCAGAAAGCAGCAAUAACAAACUGAUUUGCACAUGUGGAUUAUUAUUAUUAUCCCAGGUGAGAAACACCUGGACAGGCCUGAAAACCUGGACCGGACUGCAGCAGGAGGAGCGGGUUGAUGUUUACUACCAGCUGUGCGACGCUUCAGCACCUUCAUCAUGAGGAAGAGGAGGGAGAGGACUUCCUCCUGGGGGUCGGUGGGUUACUUUAGGGACAGGCCUUCCUGUUCCAGUUUCCUUCCUGUUCCUGUUUCUGUGUCAGGAGGAGCUGAGCCCCCCCCCGCAUACCAGAAAUGCUGAUCUGGAGUCAGAAAUAGCAGCGACCCCGGCGUCAUGCCGCCCUGAGCCAGAGCCCAAUUCCUGGAGGGUCUGACGUUCCUGAGGAUCCACGACUGGGCUUUUAUUUUGAAGUGUUCAGGUUACUGACAACAGAUUAUUGAGGUUCUUCAUAAUUCAUCCUGAUUUAUUUAUUAUUACUAAUAAUGUUGUUGCUGUGGUAGCAGCAAAUGAUUAAUCCCAGAUUAUUAAUCCCGGAUUAUUAAUCCCAGGGUUUUCAGCUCAAUCUGCUGGUUUGGUUUUAAUAUUCACAUUUUUUCAUGCAGCAUAAUUUACUUGAAUUCAGAGCAGAAGGAGCCCAGCAGGGGGCGCUGCCCCUCCUGGCAGCUGUCCACCUCGCCGUGACCUUUGACCCCCAGCUCUGAACCUGUUUCUGCUGGUGCAAAAGUAUUCACUCCUCCACGUUUCUCCUGAUCCAUCAGGAAAACUCCAGAGUUCUGGUUCCGACCCGAUCGCUGGCUGUACCAAACGUUCAGUUCUGCUCUGAUUUCAACGACCUGAAACAUUUUGAUGGAGAAAACAAAAUCUGAAGGGGGUUGAAAACUUUUCCACAGCAUUCUGGCUGGUUACAGGAAGUGAUGUCACAAAGGGGUUUGGUAGCAGAGAGGAGUUCAGACCCGGUUCUGGUUCUGUUGUAGCAGUCGGUUCAGUAAACUGGAUCCGGUUCUUCCAGCCAGGUGAUGAGGACAGACUCCAGGUCGUCAUGGAGACGAUCCUGAAUGACCUUUAGGCCUGCGCAGACACAUGACCUGUAGCUUUUUAAACUUUAUCUCCAAAUGAAGGUGCAGCACUUUUCUAUUUAAUGUUCUUAUUUUCACUCACUGCAGGUUUCUGUGCAGGAGGUGAGGUGGUCGUUCUUCCUCCUAACUUUCUCUAAACAGCUGACAGCAGCUUCUGUCAGUUUGUUAUUCGCGGCUCAGAGGAAUCUGUCGGCAGCUUUGGGUUUGUUUCAGAGUGAAAGUCUGGAGAAAACUCAUGAGAAACAGAGAAAAAAAACAUCUUCAACCUCCAGAUGCAUCUGAGUGAGCCAGAGGUCAGCUGCCAGAUGGAGGUCAGCCAGAGGUCAGCUGCCAGAUGGAGGUCAGCCAGAGGUCAGUUGCCAGAUGGAGGUCAGCCAGAGGUCAGCUGCCAGAUGGAGGUCAGCCAGAGGUCAGUUGCCAGAUGGAGGUCAGCCAGAGGUCAGUUGCCAGAUGGAGGUCAGCCAGAGGUCAGCUGCCAGAUGGAGGUCAGCCAGAGGUCAGCCAGAGGUCAGCUGCCAGAUGGAGGUCAGCCAGAGGUCAGCUGCCAGAUGGAGGUCAGCUGGAGGUCAGCCAGAGGUCAGAGUUGUGUAUCUGGUCCAGCGGCAGCCUGUUUGUUUCAGCUUCCUGCGCUCAGCUCCUGGUUCUUCCUCCUGUUUUUAAUACCUCACCUUCUGCCUUAGUUCUGAUUGUUGAAAUGAUUGUAAAUUAGUUUGAAAACGGAUUUCUCCAGUUUCUGAAAUAUAAAUGAGAAAAAUACUAUAUAACAAAUAGUUUUCCUUUUAUUUUUGUACGUCUGUGCUGUGCACAGCAGUCACUUGUAUUCCUGUGAUGAAAAUAAAAAUUGUUUUGUAAAAUCUUU